AGAAGAAGAAGAAGACACCGGUUAAGAAGGAUUCACGUCAGCACAGGGAAAUAAAACGACUGUUGACUGUUCACAAUGAUGGAGGAUGAAGAAUUAGAGUUUGUGGAAGAUUUGGAGGCGAUAUUACACCUUACUCCAGAAGUGCAGCUGGCCAUUGAGCAGGUUUUCCCCAGCCAAGACCCUUUGGAUCGAGCCGACUUCAAUGCUGUUGAAUACAUUAAUACAUUGUUUCCAACAGAACAGUCUUUGGCGAAUAUAGAUGAAGUGGUGAAUAACAUUCGACUUAAAAUCAGACGGUUGGAUGACAACAUCAGGACAGUAGUGAGGGGACAGACUAAUGUGGGGCAAGAUGGCAGACAGGUGCUGGAGGAGGCCCAGAAAGCCAUCCAGCAACUCUUUGGCAAAAUCAAAGACAUCAAAGACAAAGCGGAGAAAUCGGAGCAAAUGGUGAAAGAGAUCACGCGGGACAUCAAGCAGUUGGACCACGCAAAGCGUCACCUGACCACCUCUAUAACCACCCUCAAUCACCUGCAUAUGCUGGCUGGCGGUGUGGACUCCCUUGAAGCUAUGACUCGAAAAAGGCAGUAUGGGGAGGUGGCCAAUCUCCUUCAGGGUGUAGUCAACGUCCUCGAGCACUUCCAGAAGUACAUGGGCAUUCCCCAGAUACGCCAGCUCUCAGAGAGAGUUAAAGCUGCACAGAGCGAGCUUGGCACGCAGAUACUGGCCGAUUUCGAAGAGGCUUUUCCUGCCCAAGGGUCAAAGAAAUCUGGAGGUCCCAGCAUUGUUCUCAAAGAUGCCUGCUUGGUGGCGAAUGUCCUGGAUCCUCGAAUUAAGCAGGAGAUCAUCAAAAAGUUCAUCAGGCAGCACCUUUCAGAAUACUUAGUGCUCUUCCAAGAAAACCAGGAUGUGGCGUGGCUCGACAAGAUAGAUCGGCGCUAUGCGUGGAUCAAGCGUCAGCUUGUGGACUAUGAAGAGAAGUAUGGGCGAAUGUUCCCGGAGGAGUGGUGCAUGACCGAACGCAUCUCUGUAGAGUUCUGUCAUAUCACCAGAACCGAGCUGGCCAAGCUGAUGCGAACCCGUGCCAGGGAGAUCGAGGUCAAGCUUUUGCUCUUCGCUAUUCAGAGGACCACCAAUUUCGAGGGACUGCUGGCUAAGCGCUUCUCGGGCUGCACCUUAAACGACGGGCCUGGGCAGAAAAAACCUGAGACGCCUUUAGAACCAACAAACCCCUUUUUAGAAGACGAGGACAACGUAUCAGAAAAGGAUGAAGAUUUGGAUAGACCAAAGAAGACGAAGGCUCCAGACAACCCCUUCCACGGCAUUGUGUCCAAGUGCUUUGAGCCUCAUCUCUACGUUUACAUCGAGUCGCAGGAUAAAAAUCUUGGCGAGCUGAUCGACCGUUUUGUUGCUGAUUUCCGGGCACAGGGUCCCCCUAAAUCAGGUACAGAUGAGGGAGGCGCUGUGCUCCCCAGCUGUGCAGAUCUCUUCGUGUACUACAAGAAGUGUAUGGUCCAGUGCUCACAAUUGAGCACCGGAGAGCCCAUGAUUGCUCUGACCACAAUCUUCCAGAAGUAUCUGCGCGAGUAUGCCUGGAAGAUCCUCUCUGGGAACCUACCAAAGACCAGCACCAAUAGUGGUGGUCUAACCAUCAGCAGCCUGCUGAAGGAGAAAGAGGGAUCAGAAGUGGCCAAGUUCACAAUGGAAGAGUUGUGUCUUAUUUGCAGCAUCUUAAGCACAGCCGAAUACUGCCUGGCUACCACACAGCAGCUGGAGGAGAAGCUCAAGGAGAAGGUGGACAAGACCCUAAUGGAGAGAAUCAACUUAACUGGGGAGAUGGACACCUUUAGCACGGUUAUCUCAAACAGUAUCCAGCUCUUGGUUCAGGACCUGGAUGCUGCAUGUGAUCCAGCCCUCACAGCUAUGAGCAAGAUGCCGUGGCAGAGUGUGGAACAUGUGGGAGAUCAAAGCCCGUAUGUGACCUCUGUAAUCAUGCACAUCAAACAAAAUGUGCCCAUCAUUAGAGACAACCUGGCCUCCACCCGGAAAUACUUCACCCAGUUCUGCAUUAAGUUCACCAACUCCUUCAUUCCAAAGUUCAUCAACCACCUGUUCAGGUGUAAGCCAAUCAGCAUGGUUGGAGCAGAGCAGUUACUUCUGGACACACAUUCCCUCAAGACCGUUCUUCUAGACCUCCCUUCCAUUGGCUCUCAGGUGGUCCGUAAAGCCCCGGCCAGCUACACCAAAAUAGUGGUUAAAGGAAUGACUCGAGCGGAGAUGAUCCUCAAGGUGGUCAUGGCCCCUCACGAGCCAUCCGUGGUCUUUGUGGACAACUACAUCAAGCUCCUUGCUGACAGCAAUCCUGAGACGUUCCAGAAGAUUCUAGAUAUGAAGGGUCUGAAACGGAGUGAGCAGGGCACCAUGCUGGAGCUGUUCAGACAGAGGUUACCUAAUCCGCCAUCAGGGCCAGACGGUGGCCCAUCAUUGUCCUUCAGUGCCCCCACCCCUGAACAAGAAUCUUCCCGUAUCCGCAAACUGGAAAAGCUCAUCAAAAAGAGGAUUCAGUAAAUCAGAAGGAACUUUAUUCCCAUCAAUAUACUAAUGUGAGCGCUCUGUCUGGAUAUUCAGUACGGCCUGACAACGUGUCUCCACUCCAGUUUUAACAUGCUGAAAAUGGUGUGUAAGUAGUUCUGCUAUGUCUUCUGUAUGUAUUUAUGUUCUCUGACAGAUCGUGGUUUAACUUUGUGGCUUUUAUGACUUGCAUUACUAUGAGCCUUAUAAUUCAAGUCCUUUCCUGAACCUCAACACAUUACUGGCAUGUAUGAGUCAUUUUACUUUACACAUUUCUCUGAAAUAUGCUUGCACUUAAAGCAAAACAGAGGGCAGUGUGGCUCAGAAAAGUAACCUGCUGCUAUUCUGGCACAAAGUCUUCUGUACUGGGAUUUCAACAUCAAGAUGAUUUAAAGCCAACGUUUUUGUAAUUGUCCCAUCACUAUAACAGUAAACGGCUGUGUGGAACUUGGCUGUUGCUCUGGGUAAAGGUGCCUGUGGAGUAUGAGAGUGAGGUCUCAGGUGCUUCACAACAGAGGAGCUUGGGAUUUCCUGUCUCCUGCUGAAAUGACAAACUAGUUGUUUUGGCUUUUGAAAUACUUUCCCAGGUUGAGGUGAAAAAAAACCAUAUUGUAGAUGUUUUAAUCCUACAGGAGCUGUAAGGAAGAAAUAUUUACUACCCUCGCUUUCCCAUGGUAGACAUAUUUUCUCUGCGAACAAUAACUAGUUCAUGGGAGAUUAUUGGAAUGCAGAAAUAAUAGUGUGCACACUGAGGAUAGGUUCUUUUACUUUGCGUCAUCUGCUGUUCAGUUGUGUAAAGGAAGUUAUUGUCUAUUGUUUGACAACUUAUUUUAUAGUCCUUUUAAUAACUCUGGAAUCGGGUUACUGUAAUCUUAGUCAUUUAUCCAUCAUCACCCUCUCCAUAAUUGUUUAUUCUCUGCACAUGGCUUUGUACUUGUUAAAACAGCAGUGCAUAUCAAAGCUAAAGUGUUUGCAAUGAAUGUAUGAUUUAUGUGUCGGAUGGGCUACUGUAAUGUUUGUAUGCAAUAUUAUUUGCAUUGAUUUCUGCUGUGAUUUAUAUCGUUGAUUGCUUAAAAUGAAAACAUUCCUGCCUUCUGUGAAUAGGACAGCAUCUUUUUAAUAUCAACUGCAGAUAUAAAUUCUUGUCAAUACAAA